CUCGGAUGUUAAAAUACGCAUGCGUUAAAGAGUAAACGGCGCUAAAAUGGAUGAAACUGAAACUGAUGAGUUGUGCACCAUCCUAAAAAAAAUCGGAUUGGGCCAUUACACAAAGAUUUUUGAGGAAAAUAUGAUUGGCAUCAAUGAAGUGGAGGAGAUGACAGACGAAGACUUCAUUAAACUUGGAAUUGUUUCUAUCGGAAUAAGAUUGAAAAUUAAGCAAGCUUGUCGGAAUCACAAGAAAGUGAGUGAUGCGCCAAUGAGUUGCAUCAAGACAUUUCUUGAACUCCAAAAGCAGAGGAAGACUGGCAGAACCAAAAGCCCGAAAAAGGAUCAGAAAACAAAGUUAACACGAAGACUUUAUGUUGGCUGGAAACAUUCAAUAAGGGCAGGAGUAUACAAACUGAUCUCUGCAAGCAAAGGGGGAGGUCAACAGAUCGUGGAUUUUAACAAAGACUUGACUUUGAAUCAGUUAAUAAGUGAAAUCACCGAUAUUUUUUUUCCAAAUGGCAUGUCUGAGGCCCAGGAUUUGAGACUAGAUGCCUUAGAUGUGCAUCUGGCAUCCUUUUCUGGUUCUCCAAUUCAAGAGACAGACGAGAAUGGGGAGUCUUUUACAGUUGGAAAUUACUUCAGAAAGAUGAAAUCAACCCCUGUGCGAAUUUACUUACACACAGAGUUGAAAAGUUUCAAAAGGCCAACCAAUGGUGAAGCAAGCUGCGGGGUGAUAACUGCUCUAGAAUCCGAUGAAGAAGAUACAGGAACCCCAACUGUCACAUUCCCCCGACUUAAACGAAGGAGACUGAACAUUAUUGAGGGCUUAAGUUCAGAAGAUAGACCCUCAACAUCAACAUCAGCUGCUUUGGAUUUGCCGGACAUUCAUGUUGAUGCUCCUCCUUCAAAUCAUGCGGCUGCAAAUACUCACUGCCAGACAGAACAUGAACCAAUCAUUAUCCUUCAUGAACCUGGACUUUCGGAAUUCGAUCAUGAACUUGAAAUGGCUAUAAGAGAGAGUUUGGAAAGUUCCGAACCAGAGCCAUCUUUAGAAGGAAUAUUGAAAUGGUGGGUAGCUAGAAGUCACUUAAAGGAUGGGGCACCAGUUUCAGUGGUAGUACACAGAGGAAAGCUUUUACAGAGUACAUUUAGAGCAGUAUCAAGGCCAAAUUUCAACUUCCUCUUGCCUUUUCAUGUUAGUUUCAGUGGAGAGAUUGGAGAUGAUUUAGGUGGUCCAAAAAGAGAAUUCUUCAGGUACAUGUUAUUUGAUGAGGCAUUAUCCAAAAACAGCGAUUGGCUUCUAAAUCAAGGCCUUGCACCAUACAAUCUGAAGAUUGAUAGAAAGGAUGAACUGUUGAAAAUCUUGUUCAAAAAUGAAAUAUAUUUCAGGGUACACAGUGAAAUUUCCCUGUUUAUCGAUGGUCUAAAUAGAGUUGGGAACUUUCAUACCUCUGCAAUUUUGAGGGCAGCUAAAGAAUUCAAGACUUUGUUCACCCCCAAUCCAGUUAACCAUCUGACAUUUAGUGGGCUUAGACAAAUGUACAAAAUAGAAUUUAGCCCAGUGGGUUCCAAUCAUCGGCAACAAGAAGAUGAAGCAAUUUAUUGCUUCGAAUCCUUUUGCUCCGACUGUGAAGCUGGCAUUCUUGAAGUUUCCUUGGAGGAUCUAUUAGCAUUUUGGACUGGAGCAUCUGAAGUGCCUCCAUUGGGAUUCGAUCAUAAACUUCGAAUCACCUUCAAUGAGAACUCUCAAUACCUUCUACCAAUAGCUCAUACGUGCACCCUGGUAAUUAGGUUGUGGAGAGGUUAUAAUGACCCUGAUCAGUUCAGAUGCGACAUGAUUAAAGCCAUCACAUGGACAGGGGGGUUUCACCUAGCUUAAAGCCUUGGGACCCUUUAUCAAACCCUCUGCAGCUUUUUAUACCCUCAUUCCGAAGGAGAAUUGGGGGUAUACUGUUUUACCCUUGUGUGUCUGUUUGUCUGUCUGUCCAUCCGUGACAAACAUUUCUGUCACAUUUUUCUCAGCAACUAAUAAUUGUAGGUGCUUGAAAUUUUAAGACACCAUUUGUUUAGGCAUGCCAUAUGGUAAGAUACAUUUUUGUACCAAUCGGACAUCAACUUCCUGUUAAAAGACAAUUUUAUUUAAUUUUAGCUUAAAUUUUUAAACAAUUUUUCGUCAAAGAUUUCUCAGCAACUAUUUAUUGCAGAUGCUUGAAAUUAUAACACAGUAUUUGUUUAGGAAUAUCAUAUUGUGGGAUAUAAUUAUUGUUCCAAUCGGAUGUCAACUUCCGUUAAAUGACGAUUUUUGUUUAUUUUGCAUAUUCACAUCAGAGCAGGGGUUAUCACUAGUGAUUAUUGACUCACAGAUAUCUUGUUUUUGUUGACCCUGUUUUUGAGUUGAUCUCUUAGAUAAGAGUUUAAAGCUGCUCUACAGUAACUGUUGUUUUUGGUUUUAGGAAAGGCAAGUUUGAUUUUCAUUUUGAUUAGGUAAAUGAUACUUUCACUCCUAAUGGGGUAUACAUUUUCACCUUGUGUGUCUGUCCAUUACAAAGUUUAGUUUGCUUUUCUGACAUAUCUGAACUUUGAACAUGAUCUUUGUUUUAACAUGACAUGAUGUAUGGUUAGCUUCAUUUUUGUACAAAGUCUAUUUCAUAUGUUAUUUAGGCUAAUGGUGACCAUUCUUUUUAGAAGCAGGGACAUCAUAAUAAGCACAGACUUGCAGAUUUCUUCUUCUUGUUUUUGUUUACAACGAACUCAACAUUUUCAAAUUCAAAAACAGAAAUUUGUAUUUGUAAAAUCUGAAAGAGUAGUUGUUAACUUACCCGGCGUUUGCAUCCUAAUUUUUGUAUGUUCAACUUAAGAGAUGUCACAUACUGAAUUCAUAAAGGAAUCAGUUAUAAGAUACGUGUAUUUGCAAAUAUAAUUAAGAUUCAAUUUUUCAUUAAAUUAUGACUGAAGAAUUUUUUGAAACUAUGCAAGUACAUUUUCUGUUAAAAUGAUUUUCAGUUAUCAAUCAUAUCCUUAUAUAGUGCACUGUAUUGAUUUUGUUGAAAGUAUAAUGAUUCAACACAAUUAUUUGAUUUUAAAACUAGAAUUAUUGUUUUAUUUGUUGUUAUUGUGUUAAUUUGGUUUCCUCUUCUUUUUAAAUAUGUUCUAUUGAAACUUUUAUAACUAAAGUUUUUUUUUAAACUAAAUUUUAUGUGAAAGAACACUUGAUUAAAUAUUUCUUUUCCUUUUUUUACACUAAAGCUAAAUCUUCAUACUGAAUAAAAUGCAAUAUGAUAUAAUGCAUGCUUGACAUGUUCAAAAUCUUUUUGAAGUUAUAUUCAUAGUUGAUUGUAAACAAUUUGGUAUCUGCUUGUGAAUGAAAAUAAUAGAAUAUUUUUUUAGUCAAAGUAUAGAGCAAUUGGGAGUAUUUAAAAGAAAUUUAUAUACUGUACAUGUUUUCAUAAAUUCAUUUCAUACAUCAUACAUAAAAGACGCAGUAACACAUGGAAACAGAUAAAUUCAGGUGAUUUUAAUUUUUUCAUUAUGAACUAUAUAUGCAAAAUAAAUGUGAAAAUUAUAUACUCAG